CCAAAUAUAUUACCAGUUCCUUCUACGCGCUCUAAUGUUCUCUGAUCUCUCCUCACAAAUCACAAAAUUCGUAACUGAAUUCUCCACCCAACAACGUUAGUUAAACAAACAUGACGGAUCAAGGUUCGUUCUUGAACCGCAUUAGCAUCCGCCGCAACCAGGUGGUCUCCGUCGAGAGCAACCCCCAUGACCAAGAGCUCGAAGACCUCGAAUUCUUCCAGAAACACGUCGCCGACCGCUUCUCCGAGCUCCUACCCGCCACCAAAACAGCUGACGGCGACGCGGCCGACUCGCCCGCGUGCGACCACGCGCCUCUCCUCUCCAUCUCCUGGUUCCGGAAACUUCUAGACGCAUUCCUCCUCUGCGAGGCCGAGUUUAAAGCCGUGGUUCUUAUCGGGCGUGACCCGUUGCAGUUCUCGAAGCCGCCGCUCGAUCGGCUCAUCCCCGAUCUCCUUGACCGCUCCGUUAAGGCGCUCGACAUUUGUAACGCCGUUAGUCACGGCGUUGAGCUGGUGAGGCACUGGCAGAAGCUCGCGCAGAUCGCCGUCACGUCUCUGGAGCAGAAGCCGUUAGGGGACGGGCAAGUGAGGCGCGCCAAGAAGGCGUUGAAUACGCUGAUGACGUCGAUGACGCUGGACGACAAGGAGAACAACGCUAGCCACGGGAAACUCUCCGAGCGGAGCUGGUCGUUCGGUCGGCGCGGGACCGGGGCGUCUAAUAACAAAGACAGAGCCGCGGGGAGUUUCCGGUCGUUGUCAUGGUCCGUGGCCAAGUCCUGGUCGGCCGCCAAACAGAUCCAAGCCAUGUCCUCCAAUCUGGUGGCGCCACGUGGCGGCGAGACCACGGCCUUGCCGGUUUACAUCAUGAGCACCGUCCUAGUGUUCGUUAUGUGGGCCUUGGUUACGGCGAUCCCGUGCCAGGAGCGGACCGGGCUAUCCACCCAUUUCCCGUUCCCCCGACAGCUGACCUGGGCACAAGCCAUGAUCGGGCUCCACGAAAAAAUCGCCGAGGAGUGGAAAAAGAAGGAGAAGAAAGGGGUGUCCGGACUACUAGAGGAGGUGCAAAGGAUGGAGAAAGCGGCCCAGUCAUUGAUCGAAUUCGCGGACUCGUUUCAGUUCCCGUUGGAGGAAGAAAAGGCGGACGAAGUGGCGAUGCAAGUGGCGGAGAUGGCGGAUAUUUGCCGGAAAAUGGACGACGGGCUGGUUCCAUUGCAGCAACAAGUAAGAGAAGUGUUUCAUAGGAUCGUGAGGAGCAGGGCUGAAGUUUUGGACGUUCUUGAUCAAGUUGGGAAAAUGUCCGCCCCCGUUCCAUAUUGAGACAGACAGGACAGGCUUUCCAAAUUUUGAUCCAAUUUUGCGCCCACUGUAUUUUUAGGAUUGUUUUGAUGAAUUUGUAGGUACUUAGAGUUUACACCUUUAAGAUCUUAUUAAAAUCUUUUUAUUGAGAUCACAAUUUUUUCCAUAUCCUGACUUAGAAAAUUAGAAA